CUGACGGAUCGGCUAAAUCACGUUACCGAAAUGCAGGGUGAGCCUUAUUCUCAGCGUCUGUCUGAACAAGCCUCCCUGCCUCCCUCAAAUAAUACAAGCGGAAACAUCGACACCGGAACGUCAAGCACGAUUUGGGAAUCUUCGUCAACCUGUUCUCUUAAUGAUAUAAGCUGUUCGAAGUACAAAUUUUUCUACCACCGACUUUUUAAGUGUCUGCGCUACUUAGAGGACGAAAAUCUAAGAUUGCUGGACGCAAUUCGAAACAGAGUACGUGUGAGUGCUGAAUGCAAACCAUUAGAGGAAUUAUUGGAUGACUUCGCCUUCAAGGUAGCCAGUAAAAAGGAUGCCUAUGAGAAGGCGCUGAUAGCGCAGGCAGCCACUCAGGGACAACAUGCCUUCAUGGCAAAGCAGUGGAAGAUGAGGUAUAAAAAUCUAUUGGAAGUGGCUACCUUACUUAAAACAAAAUGUGACGCUGAGAACGGGAAAGCGUCGAUGGAUGGAAAUAGCUCAGAGAGGAGAAGUGUUGAAAACGAAUAUUUUGAAGAAGUUUGUUCAGUUCCCUGGAAUCCCAAAUUCGAUUAUGGAACCGCAAUGGAAAAUGCCCUAUUGGAUAUUGAUGUGGACCUUGAACUUCCUGGUUGCAAUCGGCGUGCUUCAAUAUAUGAAUUUCUUGACAUGACCAUCCCUAUCUCUAGUGUCUUCAUACAGGAUUUAUUGGCCAAUCAUAGCUUAACAACCGAAGAGAUAAAGCACCAAAACGAGAUGAAAUGUCGAUUGUUUCAUGUACUUAAGAAGACGAAAGAACAAAGGAACCAACUGAAAGCCCAAGUAUGUGAACAGGAAACCGAAAUUCAGCGACUGGAACAGGAGGUACAUGACAAGGAGCUUGCGAUGUCGAAGUGCAAAACUGGACAACAGGUCACCGUAGCUGAAGUGACACACGAUACUAGUAGCAAAUGGGAAGAAAGCCAAAAAGUUUCAGGCUUAAUGGCACCCCCUACCAAGUCCGACGAUUUUGCACAGAAACUUGACUUGGCUGAGAGAAGUGAAUUGGAGGCGCUGCAAGCAGAAAUUAAGUCCUUGGAAUAUCGUAAACUAGAACUCACUGGAAUUCUGAAAGAAGAAGAACAACAAAGACGACGGUUAUCCAAGCGACUGCAGGAUUUAGUAGGAACAAUUCACGUAAGUUGUCGAAUCAAACCACAUCCAGCAAAUUAUCUGAAAGUGAUUUCGGAUGACAAAUUGCUUUUUCCGAAAGUUCCGCCGAAUCAAAACAGCCUAAAAAAUCGAACUGACUCGUUGCAACCUCUUGACGGCGAGCAACUGCGCUGCUUUAUUUUUGAGAGGGUAAUUGGAGCAGGAAGUGGACAUUAUGAAAUAUUUAAAAAAUUGGGUCAACCAAUAACCAAGUGUUUGGAUGGACAGAACUUGUGCGUCAUGACUUAUGGACCCAAACACAGUGGCAAAUCGUUUACCAUGUUUGGAAAUGCUUCUAGCCAACAGGGAGAUAAUGCCUACGCCUCCAAAGGGAUCGCUCAAGAUACUGUGCAUCUGCUACUUUCACUUGUCCGGCAACGCGUAGCGUGGACAUACACAAUCUAUCUCAGAGCUGUUUCGGUAACAGAUGAGGGAGUCACGGAUUUGCUGAAAGAAGGUCACUUGUCUCGAUGGGAUUGCAUUGCCCAUAGCAACAACGGAGAUUGCACAUUAUCCCUGAAGUCCUUUGAACUCACCAAUAGUUCAGAAUUUGAUAGCAUUGUACAUAGGCUCCGAAGUAAAGAAAACAGCAAACACACUUCCAGACUAGGUCACUUUCUGGUUCAUCUUACCAUCGAUGGUCAGCAGAAGGCCGGAAGACAGAACGAGGCAAGGUCCACGCUAAUCCUAGCCGACUUGGCCAGUUGGGAGAAUCCGCAGACCAGAGAAGACUCAGAUGUAACCUCGGUCGCCGUAUCGACAGUCGUGCCAGUAGUCAACUCAUCUGAUGACUCUCCCCGUUCCGUUGGUGAACAGGUCAGUGGUGGCGUGAAUCAGUCCCUGCUGGCUCUCUCUCGACUUUUCACAACGCUGAGAAAACGAAAAACGCCAGGCUUCAAAGAUUCCCCGCUUACAUGGUUGUUAAAGCCGGUCCUCGUGGGGUAUUCAAAAUGUUUUCUCAUUAUCACAAUAGACUCAGAUCCAAAUGAAUUCGCAUCAACGCUGGCUAGUUUACAAUUUGCUCAAAAUGCAAUGCAAGCCACUACAUGCCAAUGGCCGAAGUCCCAUCAGCACAUCCGACGAAAUUCAAACCGGAUAACUCAGCUAUUGGACAGGAAACCGGAGGAUGACACCAUAGGUUGCUUUUGGAAGUAAAAAAAUGUCCAGUCUAGGAUAUCCGACUAACGGAAAGUAUUAACAAGGGACCGCGCGUGGCUAUUUCCACAGUUGUACGCUACUCUGACCAACUAAAUCAGUGAAAAUAAACUUGGCGGGGUGCUUGACGUCCGAGUUCCAUGAGAGUCACAUGUAACUACACCGGAUGGUAGACAGAAAUCAAGUCUCAAUGGCAAGAGUAUAACUGGGCAUUUCGUGAGUCAUUGUGGGAUUUCUAGAUCUGGGACUUUACUCACGGAAGAAUUUGAGAACAAUGGACGAAGCAUAAAUACCUACCUCACUAGCCACGAUGAAGCACACCAGUGAUCAGUGACAGUCACUAGUGUCUUCCCGACAUUCAUGGAGUCCAAGUAGAAGCCUUAAGCGAUUAUCGGCCGGCCAAGGAUGGUCAUCUUCUUAGACAAACGAGCUGCGUUUGGCUCGGUCGACCUAGCUGCUCUCUGGAGUUUUUAAAUGAGAAGGGGAGUGCCUGGAAAGUACGACCAAGCCAUCUACGCCCGAAUCUCGGGCUGCGUUCUGCUGUACGGCGGACUCUCACCCCUUCUUUAGUAUCACCAAUGGCAUGAGACAUGGCUGCUUAGUAUCAACAAACCAGUUGAAUUUCACUAUAGAUGACAUCUUGGAGAGCGCUCUGAAUAACCGUAGACCAAGCCGCAUUGAGCUUUUUCCGGGGGGGGGGGGCGACUUCUAGAUUUGGAGUACGCAGACUACAUGGCUGUAAUCUGGGAUUCCUCACAGACCUCCCAAAAUGUACUGCGCAGGUUAAAGGUGUCUGUCUCAGUAUGGAAUGACCUACGCCCCUUCGAAUUUAGGGUCUUCGUGCAGAACUGGCUAGAAGCUGCUCCCGCCCUUACCCUUGCAGGUCAUUCUUUGGAUAUGAUAAACAAGUUAGUACACCUUGGAAGCUGAAUCAGCAAUAAUGGCUUACCGGAUGAGGUCUGUUUCCACAUCGCUUAGGUAAGUGUCGCUUCUGCAAAUAUCCGCCAUCUUUGGCUUGCACGCGCUCUGGGUCUAUCCUUGAAAGGCCGAGUUUACAUUGCCACAAUGAGAACGGUCCUACUCUAUGGCUGCGAGACUUGGCCUGUGCGCGGAGGAUGUCUGAAGGCCGUCUGUCUUUGAUUACUGCUGCCUCUGGAGUAUUGCUGGUGUACGAUGACAUCACAUUAAUAAUUAGGAUGUUCGCCGAAGGAUUCUCAGAUCAGACAGGCUUUGCCGGCCGCUGAGCCGCAUAAUUUCACUGCGCAGGCUUCGCUUGCUUAUGCAAGUGCUUCGCAUGCCUACUUCGCAUUUCCCUCACGGUGUACUCAUUACGUGCACAGACAUCGGCUGGAAGCGAAGACAAAUUGGCAAGCGAAUGACUUGGGCCAAAAGUAUAAAGGCGCUGAUCUCAGUUUUGACCGUGUAAUGGCGCUCUGGACUUACUGGUUGAGGGCACAAGCACAAGUGACUGGAAACCCUGUCGGACAUGUCAAGAAACCGUAAGCAAAGGCGAACUUGUUAUGAGACACUGUCCCUAUAACUGCCGUUCCACAUUUCUUCUUUAACCCCCCUAUUCUUUCAUUAAGGUAGUAUUGUCCUUGUCCAAACGUUGCGGAACACUGGCAACCGUACUGCUGGCCAAG